CGUUUCUCCUCCACAUAACACAGCCUUCUCCUCUCUCCCUCCACCUACCAUGGCCAUCGAAUCUCAGCCGUCGGAUUUAUCAUCAAUGAUAGGAUACCUCUCAUCUUCUGUAGAAAAGACUAGUAAGUCCCUAACCAUGGAUAGGAAUUGCAACUUGGAGCUUCGACUUCUCCCUGCCGGUGUCGAUGCCGAUCUCCCAUCUGCAGAUUCCGGCCCAUCAUCGAGCGAUGAAUUGGCCCAAAACUCACAGCAACUGACGAUAUUUUAUAAUGGCCGGAUUUGCAUCUGCGAUGUGACAGAGAUUCAGGCUAGGGAGAUCUUAUGCCUAGUGAAUCGAGAAAUGCAUGAAAAGCUAACAGCCCGUCAUAUGGACCCUCUUCCGCCAUCUCAGCAGCCUCAACCUCGUGCUCCAGCUCUUUCAAUGAGGAGAUCCUUGCAGCGGUUCCUACAAAAGAGGAAGACUAGGAUUCUGACAACUUCCCCUUACAAGCAAUAGUCAUGGAAAGACUCUCUCCUGCAAUGAAGAAGAUUCUCUCGCCAACAACGGGUCAAAGGCGAACUUCCAAGCACAUGGGCAGAAAAUCGAAUCCGCCGAAUGAACUAAAGGUUCUUCGUAGUGCAAGAAAUGUUGAAAAUUCUCAAUAUCCAAAGGAGAGAGAGUUGGAUCCGCCCAGUAAAUGAUGUCGGAAUUUCUCAAUAUUGAUUUAUAACAUGAAAAUCUGUUAUCAUACGAUAAGUGAAAUCAGGAUUAAUCAGGAUUGUAAUGAUUUGUUGGAUUUGUUCUUUUUCUUUCAACUCGUGGUGGAACCGAUGAUGAAUCAGUGGUGAAUUGCAUGA